AGUGCAUGAUACACUGGCAAUUGGCACAGGUUAUGCGAUUCAUAAGAAACAUGUUACCCGUUUUUGUCAUUCUGUUGUCGAACUUGUACAUGAUUUUUGGAGCUGGCUUAGACACCAUUACAGUGUCUCAGUUGAUGUCAGACCCUGAAACCGUGACCUCUAAUGACGGCGCAUUCAAGCUAGGAUUCUUCAGCCCUGCAAACACAACAAAUCGGUAUGUAGGGGUUUGGUAUCUCACUGAAUCCAAUGUCAUAUGGGUGGCCAACAGAGACCGACCGCUAGAGGAUUCUUCAGGGGUUGUCACCAUAUCCAAUGACAGAAACCUUGUAGUACUAAAUGGAAAAAAGCAAGUUGUUUGGUCAUCAAAUGUCUCAAACAUUGAGUCCAAUUCCACUGUGCAACUUCAAAAUACUGGAAACCUUGUCUUGCUGGAUAGCCUCACGGGCAAGACAAUUUGGGAGAGUUUCAAAGAACCCUCUGACACAUUCCUGCCAAAUAUGAUAAUUAGCUCCAACCAAGUGACGAGGAAGAAAGACAGAGUGACUUCAUGGAAAAACCCUUCUGAUCCAGCCGUUGGAAUCUUCUCCACCAGCCUCGACCGUCUAAAUGUUCCUGAAGUGUUUGUCUGGAAUCAAACACAGCCGUAUUGGCGUUCGGGUCCUUGGAACGGUCAGGUUUUUAUUGGUUUGCCAAGGAUGUAUACUUCUGCAUAUCUGAAUGGAUUCAGUGUAGCACGGGAAGAUGAUGGAACUGUCAGUAUAGCCUAUAGUUUGCCAAAUCAUUCUUUCUUUGGAACCAUUGCCUUGAGUUCAGAAGGCAGGCUAGUUUACAGCUCCUGGAUGAACAGACGUCAAGUUGGGAAGCGGGUCAUUUACUACAGUAACUGUGAUAUUUAUGGCUUCUGCGGCGCUUAUGGAAGUUGUGAUCCCGAUAAGGUGCCAAUAUGCAGAUGUUUGAGAGGUUUUGAGCCGAAAAACCGUGAGGAAUGGGAUAAGCAAAACUGGACAAGUGGAUGUGUGAGAAAGGAAACACUCAGGUGCGAGAGGAGUGAAGCCAGCACAGGAGAUGGGUUUGAGAAAUUGCAGAUGUCUAAGGUGCCAGAUUUUGCACUCCAAUCAUCUGUUUCUGUUGAUACAUGCAGAACAGAGUGCCUGAAUAAAUGCUCCUGUACAGCAUAUGCAUAUGAUGCUGGCAUUGGCUGUAUGUCUUGGAGGGGCGAGUUAAUUGACAUUGUAAGGUUCUCAAGUGGAGGACUCGAUCUUUACAUCCGCCAAGCUCCUUCAGAAUUCAAAGGGGGGAGAAACAUGACAUCAAUCAUUGUAGUUACAGUGAUAGUAGGAGCAUUUCUUUUUGCUACUUGUGCAUAUUUUUUAUGGAGAUGGACUUCUAAGCGUUCUGCCAGAACGGAAAGAUCACCAUCAUUGGUGCUGAGCAUAAGGGAAACCCAUCCAGAAAACAGAAUUGCAGGUCUGAGUGGAGAGCUGGAACAAGUUAAAAUCCAGGACGUGCCAGUAUUUAAUUUUGAAAACAUUGCAACUUCAACAAAUCACUUCAAUUUAGCUAAUAAGCUAGGCGAAGGUGGUUUUGGUUCGGUGUACGAGGGAGAAUUAAAAAAUGGGCAAAAAGUAGCAGUGAAAAGACUUUCAAGAGCAUCUAGGCAGGGGACAGAAGAAUUUAUAAAUGAAGUGACAGUAAUUUCAAAACUUCAACACCGUAAUCUUGUAAGACUCCUAGGUUGCUGUAUUGAAGGAGGGGAGAGGAUGUUGAUAUUUGAGUACAUGCCGAAUAAGAGUUUGGACUUUUAUCUGUUUGAUCCAGCCAAAAAGUCAGUUUUAGAUUGGCAGAAAAGAUUUAAUAUAAUUGAAGGAGUCUCAAGAGGUUUGCUAUAUCUCCAUAGAGAUUCUAGACUGAGGAUAAUACACAGAGACCUGAAGCCAAGUAAUAUCCUGUUGGAUGCAGCACUGAAUCCAAAAAUAUCAGAUUUUGGAAUGGCCAAAAUCUUUGGGGGCAGCGAAGAUGAGGCCAAUACUAGAAGGGUUGUUGGAACAUAUGGCUACAUGUCUCCUGAAUAUGCGAUGCAAGGACUGUUUUCAGAGAAAUCAGAUGUGUUUAGUUAUGGAGUUUUUCUGUUAGAGAUCGUUAGUGGCAGAAAAAAUUCAAGUUUUGGAAACCAAGAGGAGUCACUGAGCCUCUUAGGAUAUGCAUGGAAACUAUGGAAUGAAGGGGAGAUUGAAUCUCUGAUUGAUCCAGAAAUAUUUAAUCAAGAGAAUGUUGAACAGAUAUUGAGAUGCAUACACAUUGGACUUCUUUGUGUGCAAGAAUUAGCGAAGGAGAGGCCUACUAUGGCCACUGUGUUGUCAAUGCUAAACAGUGAGAUUGUUAAUUUUCCUCCUCCGCGACAACCAGCCUUUAUCCAAAGACACACCGAGUUACAAGGAGAAUCGUCUCACCGGAGUCACGAAUCAAAUUCCAUCAACAGUGUCACUGUAACAAACGUGGAUGGCAGAUAG